ACACACACACACACACACACACACAUAGCCUCUCUCACAGUUGCGUAGUUAAAUAAAGGUAAAAUAAAAAAUACACGCAUACACGCGCGCGGACUCGCACGGCGAAGGGGAAUCACUGAAGCUUGGAUUUCACGUCGAGACGCUCUUGCCCAAUGCAAUAUGUUGCUAAUCUGACUGUGCGUUGAAUCAUAUCAGAGAGCCGCUUCAUGUUUAUCAACGUCAACCAGGGAAACCAGAGGCGGUUUUAUCUCUUGCCCGAGCUCUCUCACUUUUUAACAAGGACGUACAUAGCCCACGCGUAAAACCUCGACAGGACACGUGUAAUUUUGAGUCAGAACGGAGGAAAUAGAAGCAGGUUUUCUUCUAGGUUCUGAAUAACGCGGGUGAAGUUUUGAUUCAUUAGAAUCUGCAACGCAUCGAACGCUUACUAUCAAAGUGCAUGUGUGUUUUUUAGUAACAAGAAGGAACGUUAUAGCAUUUCCUAACUGCGAAAAUUCAAAGCAACUAUUCUUUGCAAGGGGUUCUACAAGUAUGUAUGAUAUCAACAUGUUUGUACUACUAGAUUCCCAUCUGGACCUCCUUUAGAAUUGUAGAGAUCUGUGCAGUGAUUGAAGUAGUUUUUAUGUGUAAACCUUUUCCCCUUCUUAUUGGAAUAGUUCAAACAACAUAGACCCUCUGGUUGACACUUUUCCUUUACCAAUGAUGUCAAAUCUCGGAUUUUAAGAAUUUCAGAGAAUGGUAAAUGAUCGAUGGAAAAUCAUGAACAGUGUUUCAGAACUCGAAGAUGGACAUCAGCAUAAAUCUCAGAGGAUGGGCUGUAGCUACUUCCUGUGUACCAUCAUGCUCUUCGUGGCCGUCCUCCUGGCCGUCACGGCAACGGGUACCAUCCUCUUCAUGAACCACUACCAAGCCCCACCCCCCGGCACUAACAACGGCCCCCCACUCAUCUCCACCAACCAGGAUGAGGGCAACGCCCUGGUGACGGUCGAGCGAGGCGACGGCUCACGCAUCAACAUUUUCAUCGACCCCAACUGCCCCGACUACAACAACAACUUCCUGCGGCUGGAGGGUGUGCAGACUUCGCUGCUCCACUCGCUGACCGACCACGACACAAGCCUAAAGUCAGUGAAGGGCCAGGACCGAGCCUUGCUGGUGAAGUUGGCUGAGGAGGUGGCCAAGCUCUCGGCCCAUGCCAGCCAGCUCAGGUUGGAGUACGAAUCUCUGAGGCGAGGCCAGGGGAACCUGGGACAAGAGCUCAACACUCUGCAAACGGAGCAAGGUCGACUUAUCCAGCUGCUGUCUGAGAGCCAGAUCAACAUGGUGAAGGUGAUGAACUCAGUGAACGAUGCUCUCAACUCCAUGCAGAAGGAGACAGGGAACCUGAAGAGCAAGUUCAAAGCAGACCUCCAGAGAGCACCUGUUCGCAGUGCCCGGCCCAAAGGCUGCUCCAAUGGCUCCAGACCUCGGGACUGCAGCGAUAUCUACGCAAGUGGUCAGCGGGAGGAUGGGAUCUACUCUGUCUUUCCCAUGCACUACCCUGCUGGCUUCCAGGUCUUCUGUGACAUGACAACGGACGGAGGAGGAUGGACGGUCAUUCAGCGCAGAGAGGACGGCGCAGUGAACUUCUUCCGAGCAUGGGACGCAUACCGUGACGGCUUCGGCAAGAUCACAGGGGAGCACUGGCUUGGUUUGAAGAGGAUGCAUGCCUUGACCAUCCAAGCCAACUACGAGCUGCGAAUUGACCUGGAGGACUUUGAGAACAGCACAGCUUUCGCCCAGUACGGAGCCUUUGGAGUGGGACUGUUCUCUGUUGACCCGAAUGAGGAUGGCUACCCGCUGACUAUUGCUGACUACUCAGGCACUGCAGGUGACUCAAUGCUCAAACACAAUGGGAUGAAAUUCACCACCAAGGACCAAGAUAACGAUCACUCAGAGAACAACUGUGCCUCCUUCUACCACGGCGCCUGGUGGUACCGCAACUGCCACACGUCCAACCUGAACGGACAGUACCUGCGUGGGCAGCACACCUCCUACGCCGACGGCAUCGAGUGGUCCUCCUGGACGGGUUGGCAGUACUCCCUCAAAUUCGCAGAGAUGAAGAUUAGGGCCACGAGAGAGGAGAACAAAUGAGAUGGAAACAAUACUACGAGAAACCAUAGACUAAUGGACUUUAAAGACACUCAGCCUGCCGAGAAUCAGAAUGAGGACUAUGCUCGUACUGUAACCCCUGUCCAAAAACAUUCUCAUCCCCUCUUGUGGUGUUGUGUUGAAGCCUCCAAGGUUUUGUAACCUUUUGCAAUCUCUCGCUGAUCUGAUCAUGUUUGUAAUAAUUAUGUCAAAAUAAUGCAGGUAAUGUCAAAACUACAGUAUCAUUGUGGAAUUUUGAAAUAUGAAAUGUUAGGAUUUCUCUCAUUCCCUUAAAUUAAUAGAAUUUCUUACAGUUUAUUUUGGCUGUCCCUGUUACUUGUAUAUACAGUUAUCUUUGCAUCUGACAGCAUCCUGAGUUCUCCUAAGUGUUACAAAACUCCUAGUUAAUCCCUAGCUCCUGGUUGACCCCUAGCUCCUGGUUGACCACUAGCUCCUAGUUGACCACUAGCUCCUGGUUGACCACUAGCUCCUGGUUGACCCCUAGCUCCUGGUUGACCCCUAGCUCCAGGUUGACCCAUAGCUCCUGGUUAACCCCUAGCUCCAGGUUGACCCAUAGCUCCUGGUUAACCCCUAGCUCCUGGUUGACCCCUAGCUCCUGGUUGACCCCUAGCUCAGGUUGACCCAUAGCUCCUGGUUGACCCCUAGCUCCUGGUUGACCCCUAGCUUCUGAUUGACGCCUAGCUCCUGGUUAACCUCUAGCUAAUGGUUGACCCCUAGCUCCCGGUUAAACCCUAGACAUACCUUGUGAUCAUGUGUUAGUCCUGUGCCCAGUAAGACACAUUCAUGACAAAGACAUUAUAUCAGUCAGACAGUGGUUUUCAAGCCAAUCACUUCAUAAAUGGCAGCCUCGUUUUUUAUGUAACAUUUUCAAAAGACAUUGACCACACAAGACUGGCUUUGAGUGGCAUGCGUGUGUGACCUGUGACAGAGGUAGUAGAGAGAAUGAAGAGCAUAGGUGAGGGGGCUCGGCCAGCUGGCUGGGCCAAUUAUGAUCAGAGGCCUGUAUCUGUGUAGACUUCCAGUUGGUGGUGGAAACCUUCCCAGACAGUAGCUACUAGCCUAUAAGUUCAGCUCCUUGUCAUGUGGAGGCUUCCCUGUCUCUCACUUUCUCUCCCUUACUUUACAAUCACUGAGAGACAAGUCUGUUCACUGAUAUGCUGUCUUGACUCAACUCAAAUCAGUUGUUUCAGUAUACUGGUUUUUGGCUGCAUUUACACAGGCAGCUCAAUUCAUUAAUCAGAUCAGCUCUGAAAAAGAUUUGAUGUGAAAAGAUCUGAUGUGAUUGGUCAAAAGACCAAGGAGUGUAAAAAAAGAUCAGAAUGUGGCUAUCUGUGUAAACACAGCCUUCUAGUCUCAGUCCUCUUCAGUGAUGCGUCUGUACAGGAGGUGGUUAAGAAGUAAGGCAAACCGUGUUCUUUAGUCAAUACCAAAUAUUGAGAUUCCCUUACGGGCACCCACAGUAGAAAAAAAACAUAUCCAAAACGCAUUAUUUGUGUCAUAAUACAAUGACUUCUGGCAACUCAUUCCCCACAAAAAGCAGCCAUUUGGCCAGGCAUUGAAUGGCAUUGUGUCACUGGUACAGUAGGACUGUACAGUGUGUCUUUCUCCUUCUUUACAGUGACUUGACAUUGCUUUCGAUGCCUUUGUGGCAGCAGACAAUUGUACAUCUGUGUGGUGCCUCCUCAGCUGUAAAAGUCAGAAUGACAACAUGUCAGGUAGGCUAGCGGCAGGUAGGUAGCCUAUAAGACUGUUGAGCAAGUUACCGAAGGUAACCGAAGCCUAGUUGAAAGAUAAGUUGUUGUGAUCUUGAGCAAGGCACUUAACCCUAAUUGCUUCUGUAAGUUGCUCUGGAUAAAAGUGUCUGCUAAAUUACUAAAAUGUAAAAAUGUGUUGUUACAAAGUUGUAGUAGCACAUUGAGGCUCACAACUUGGAGUCUUGAGAUGACAUUAUGUGGUAGGUACAGUAUGUGUUUACUGGGAAUGUGGUGGUCUUCUAUGAAUUCUGAAUUAUGUUGCAGCCAUUGUUUAUUUACUGUAAUCAUGUAUUUAUUUAUUUCCUUAUUUAACCUCUGUUUGUUUUGUCAUGAUGUGGCUAAUGUUUCCGUUUAAAGGUUGAGUGAAAACAUAUCUUAUUAACCUCACCAAUAUGUGAUAGGUAGAGAGAUCUGUCUAAGUUUGGCUGAAGCUCAAAAGAUGGAAUCCGCAGUAAGGGAAACUGCGCAACUGUCUGCCCAACGGCCGUUGUUAUUGUUUUGUUCAUGAAGCAGGACAGAGAUGUCCGUGGCGGAAAAAAACAGUGUUUGUUGUUUACAGUAACUUCUUUGUUGUUGUAAUAUUGCAAUCUAACGUGGCAGUUUAACCAAUAAGGAUUCCAGCUUGAAGGUAAGAUUUUAAUGUUGAUAUUAUUUUGAAUCUGUUUAUAAUGGUCUGCUGUUGUUAUAAAAGAUCCCUCAGUCCAAUAUGAGCACUUUAAAAGCAGAUACGUUGCGAUUGACACACAGUAUAAUUUGUAUGUUUUUGUCUCAAAAGGAAUAAAAAACUAAACCAUU